CUCUAGUAGAGGCAUGUUGGUGCCUGGUAGUGCGGAGAACCACUGUUGAAACGAUUCAGUUUAACGAUUGAAACAACAAUAACAUUCUAGCAGGGGGAACACCGCUGAAUAAAACAGUGUUGGUGAAUCUUACAAGUCAGAUGUCAAGUUAACACCUCGAUUUGGGAUUUUCCCUUUUUGAAAUGGUAUUUACUUACAUUUACUGCACCUUUACUGAAUGGAAAACGGUAUUCCAAGACCAAGCAUCUCCAUGAUUAAGAAGCAUAAGGAAACAAUAAAGAAAUCAGUCAUGGCUACACAGCCCCUGCCACUGUCUCAAGAAACGCUAGCCCAGUUCAACCAAUCCCUAGCCUCAGAAUCACGACGUCGGAAAGGAUCCGUCUCCACCCGUCGCAGCUCCAGGGAUCAAACUCACGGAACCCAGCGAAUGCCUUUAGCCGACCCGUCGUUCUCUCGACAAGAUUCGCUCUCCGCCGCCAGACGCCUUUCCUUUGCCGGUUGGCUUCGCGGAGGGAGCUUUAGUUUCUCAGGCUUACCGCUGCACCAGCCCAUCCAGGAGACCCACCUGGAAAACACGUACAGAACCGGACCAGACCCAGCGCACCGCUUCAGCGUGAGCAGAACCGAGCGGAUCCUUCAAGACACUCUGGACGGCUAUCUCGCCGGAGUGUCUUACGAACACGACAACUGCGGACUGCUGAGCCAGACGCUGGCUGAUGUGGUGCGCACCAAGCUGAAGGACAUCAACCCACCACGGUAUAAGUUGGUGUGCCAGGUUGUAAUGGGGCAACGUGGUCAGCAGGGGGUCCGAGUGGCCAGUCGCGGCCUUUUCAGCACCGACACGGACAGUUACGCGACGGCUGUCUUUCAAAACCAAUCCAUUUUUACUGUAGCUAUUGUGUACGCUGUUUAUUGUGAAUAGAACUGCGAUCACAUGACAUACAUGAUUUUUAGAUUUAAAGAAGUUUGCAGUUUGGUACAACCUUGGAUUUUCUGUCUUUUAAUAGAAUAUUUACUUUUAAUUGGGCUAGAAUACUGUGCUUAUGGCUAUACUGCUACUUAAACUGUACACCUCGGUUUAAGACCAGUUCUCUGAACACUAUAAAUAAACUGAUGUAUUUUUUUUUUUAUCA